AAUAUCUUUCAAUGUCUUUACCUUAAGGAAUUCCAAUGAAUGCAGUUUAUAAGUAAGUAGUAAUGGAGCACAAAGAAGAUGAUAGAGUGGAACAAUUAGAAGCAUAAAUUUAUAAUAUGGAGAAAGAUCAUAGCAUGUGGAGAAAAAAGUAUUUUGAGCUUGAAUCAUUAUAUGAUAAGUGUAGAUAUGCUGCUGAAAAAGUAAAGAUUUGGUUAUUAUAUUAAGUCAGUCUAAUUAGAAGAUAGAAUCAAUUUAUUGAGAUAAGACAAUACAUAAAUAUCAGCUUUACUUAGAGAGAAAGCUACAGAAUGUGAAAAAAUGAGAGUAAGAUUAACACAAUUAGAAAAUGAGAAUUUUGAAUUAAAUACAGUUAGAUUGUAAGUAACUAAAUUUAAUGAUUUAUUAUCAUAAAAAUCAUAAGAUAUUGAAUCAUUAAGAAAGAAGAAUUCAGAAAUUUAUGCAAGAGUAAUUGAAUUAGAAGGAAAUGAAUUACUUAUUAGAGAUUAUAAGGCUUAAGUAAAUAGUUUACUUAAAGAUGUUGAUGUUUGGAAAAAGCUAUAUGAAGAUUAAUAAUAAGAAAGAAUCAAACUACUUGAAAUCAUUAGAUAAUUUGAAUAAAAUAAUCCUUUAUCAGGAUCAGUCAGAUCAUAAUAAUAACAAGUGAGUGAAGUUAUUGAAAGAAAAAUGGUUACUAGUUCAGAAACGACUAACUCUAUGUUACAAUUAUAAUCAUAACUUUUAUCUAAGGAUGCUGCUAUUUCUGAUCUUGAAGAUAGACUUGCUUUCUAAGAAAAAUAAUAUGAUAAAUUAAAAUAAGAUUUAGAAAGCAGAAUUAAAAUGAUUAAUGAACUUAAAUUAAAGUAUUAAUUUUAUUUACACUUAGAAUUACAUAAUAAGAAUGUGAAUUAAAGAAUAUUAAUUAUUUGAAAUUAGAUAAUUAAAAAUUAAAGGAUUAACUUGAUCAAACUAAAAGAGAGUUAGAUCAAUUUAGAAAAUAAUAUUAUACAACUUUAAGCAAAUUGUAAAUAGCUGAAUAAUAACUCAAUGAAUUAUAUAAUCUAGAAAAUAGACUUUAAUUACUCUAGUAAGAAAGAGAAACCUUGAAUAAAUAAUUAAAAUUAAAAAAUGAAGAUAUUGGUUAAUUAUAAGAUAAGGUUUCAUCAUUGCUUUCAUAAUUAGAAUAAUUGAGAUUAAAUGAAUAAGCUAGAAAUGCUGCAGAAAAUGAAGUUAUCUAACUUAAAACUGAAUUAAAUAAACUUUAAGGAAAUCUUAAAUAGAAAGAGUAGACUAUUACAGAUUUACAUGCUAAAAUUAAUGAAUUAUAAAAGUAAUUAACUAAUUCUCAAUCUGAUUUUAAGAGAUUGUAAGCCAAAGAUUAUUCAGGAUUAUAAGAUUAAGCUAAAUUAGUUGCUGAAUUAUAAUAAAAACUACUUUAAAUGAGUCAAGAAAAUUCUAAAUUCUAAAGUUAAGCUUCUAAUUUAGAAUCUAAGAAUAAUUCAUAGGCUUAAGAUAUUUAAAGAUUAAAUGCCUUAUUAUAGACGAAAGGUUAAGAACUUUCAGAAGCAAAUAAAAAGAUAUAUGAUUUAGAAAAUGAUAAAACUAUUCCUGAUCUUAAAUUUUAGAAUUCUUAAUUAAUAGCUGAAUUAAGAGAAUAAGAAACUUAGAAUCAAGGUUUAUAAGAAAAAUUAUAGAUUUUAGAAAAUUAGGUUAUAUAAUUAAAUACUAAAUUAACAACAGCAGAAGCUUAAGCCAAUUGUAAUUUGAAUGAAAAAAAUAAAGUUGAUUAACUUUUAUCUUCUUAUUUGAUUUAAUUAUAAUAAUUAGAGAAAGAGUAUUAAUUAUUUUAAAUUUAUUAGAGUAGAUGAACUACGAGUGAUAGCUUAAUAAGUGGCUCAAUAAAAUGCUAUAAAUAAAUAAUAACAAUAACAUAUCGAAGCUUUAUAAAAAUAAUUAAAAGAUUAUAGUGGCUAAUUUAAUGAUUUAAGUAAAGAGAAUGAAAAAUUAUAUGUUGAGAACUCUUAAUUCUCAACUCGUAUUUCAUAACUUAGUGAAUUGCCAAAUAAAAUAUAAAUAUUAGAUGAAGGAUUAUAAAAAUUGUAAUAAGAUUAUAAUAAUGAAUUAUAAGCAAAUGAAACAUUAAAUAAAUAAUUGAAUGAUGCCUUGAGAGUAAAGAAUGAUUUAGAAAAUAAAAUAGCUAUGUUAUCAACAGAAGUAGAGAGAUUUUAAUAUAAAUUAAACAGUAGAUAAAAUGAAGCUGAAUAAUUAAAAAAACAAAUUGUUGAUUUGGAAGCUUAAAUUGCUUAAUUAAAAUAAUUAGAAACAGAUAAUUAAGUUUUAGCAGAUAAAAUAGGAAAUCUUGAACAACAACUAAUUAAUGAAGCUAAUAAAAAUUUAGAACAUCUCUUGAGAGUUAGUUAAGAUGAAACUAAAUAAUAAAUUUUAGAUAAUAAUAAUCUUAAAUAAUAAUUAGAUUAGAAGGUGUAAGAAAAUAAUUCAAGAGACGAAUCCUAUAAAUAAUUAGAAUAGAAAUACUAAUAACUCUAAAAUUCUCAUAAAAACUUAGAAGCUUAAAAUACUUAAAUUGCUGAAUUAUAGAAUGUUAUUAGUGGAUAAGAAAAUGACAUUUAGAAGUUCUAAGAUUUAAUCGAAGAAUUAAGAGAUAAAAAUAAUGAUUUAGUAGCAGAGUAAUAUAUAAUGUUAUUUUAUAAUUAUUUAGAUCUUAAAAAUUACAAAUUGAUUUGACCUAAUAAUAAGUUUAGAUUGCUGAUUUGAGAAAUUAAAUAGAAAAAUUGAAUACAGAAGUAAGUAACAAUCAAAAUUAUGAAUAAAUAAUUGAUGAAUUAAAGAAGAAGAUUGAAAAAUUAUAAGAAGAAAAGGUAAUAAUUAUAAUUAAUAAUUAAAGUAUUUACUUGAAAAUAAAGUGGCCUUAUUAUCUAGUGAAAUAGAGAGAAUGAGAGUAAAAUAUGAUGCAUAAGGAAAUAAAUUAAAUACUUCUGAUGAAUAAAAAUAAGGCUUGAGUAAAGAAUUAGAAUAAUUGCAUAAAUUAUUUGAAGAAUCUUAAGAUGUAGAUUAUUUUUUAAAAUAUUAUAGGAAAUUGAUAAAUUAUAAGAAUAAUUGUCAAAAUAAAAAGAAUUGGAAUAAAAAGAACAAGCUCUUAGUUUAACUUUAGUAAAUGCAUUCAAUGAAAUAGAUGCAUUGAGAUAACAAUUAUAAAAGGUUUCUAAUGAAGCUAAUGAAUAGAAGAAGUCUAAUUUAGCUUUGGCUAUAUAAUUGGAAUGAG